CAAGAAAAAUCAUCCAUUUUAUGCAUUGUGCACUGGCCCUAUGUUGCCCUGUAAAUAUUGUGGGAAAUGCUCAAAAUUAUCUGAAGUGAAGGCGUGAAGAGGAUGAAGUCAGGCUCUUCUUUGAGGUGCCAAACAUUAGGAUGAGAAGCAACAGCUAGAAAUUGAUGCACAGGAAAUUCUAAACUGAACAUGAGGCACCAGGGAGUGCGAGGAGCAGCUGCUGUGACACCCCCGAUGUCCCGGGAGGCUCCCGCCGUGCCUGGGACCGGGCGUGCUGCUGCGGGAAGAGCAUGACUGCAUCACGCCCGCCACUGGCAUUUCUGCUCUGUCACAGGAGCCGGCUGCGCUCCUGCCGCAUGCAGCAUUAGCAGAGCAGGCAUUCCUUCCAUCCGCCGUGCAGUUAUUAAAAACAUGGUGCUCCAGCCAUUUAAAAACUGCCUUUGGCUGGCCUGUGUCCUCAGGACUCCAAAAGCUUGCUUCUGGAGCACAGCCGGUGGAGGCCUCAUUAUCCAGUCUGUUUCUAAUGAUGUUUACCAAAACCUAGCUGUGGAAGAUUGGAUCCAUGACCACAUGGAUUUAGAGAAGCAACAGGUCCUUUUCCUUUGGAGAAAUUCCCCUGCCGUGGUAAUAGGCAGACAUCAGAAUCCCUGGCAGGAAUGCAACCUCAGGCUGUUGAGGCAAAAAAAUAUAAAACUAGCCAGGAGAAGAAGUGGAGGAGGGACAGUUUACCACGACUUAGGUAAUAUCAAUUUGACUUUCUUCACAACCAGAAAAAAAUAUGAACGGAUGGAAAACCUGAAGCUCGUUGUGAAGGCACUGAAAGCCUUGCGACCCCAGUUAGAUGUACAUGUCACCGACAGAUAUGACAUCUUGCUGGACAGGAAAUACAAAAUCUCAGGCACUGCUGCAAAGCUGGGAAGGACAAGUGCUUAUCACCACUGUACCUUACUCUGUAAUGCAGAUAAGUUUGUUUUAUCUUCUGUGCUAAAAAGUCCUUUUAAAGGGAUAAAGAGCAAUGCCACUCCUAGCGUGCCUGCCUUGGUGAAAAAUCUCUUUGAAGAGGAUCCUAGUUUAACUUCUGAGAUGCUCCUGGAUGCCAUUGCUAAAGAAUAUGCUGUGCAACACCAGAUAGAUCACCAUAUCACCUUAAUAAAUCCAGCUGAUGAGACUCUGCUUCCUGGAAUUAGUGACAAAACUAAAGAACUACAAACCUGGGAAUGGGUGUAUGGAAAGACACCAAAGUUCAGCAUUAGCACAUGUCUUAAUAUGGCCUAUAAAGAUUCUGUUCUUGACGUUAAAGUAAAUAUGGAUGUAAAGCAUGGAAGAAUUGAAGUCUGUAACAUUGAUCUGCCAGAGCAGUGGCUGCCACCAAGACUGUACAGUGAACUGGUCAAGAGUCUUACUGGCAGUAAGUUUUGCCCAAAUGAAACCACUACGCUUGUGACAACAUUGCUAAGAAUGUGUCCACAAGACAAUGAGUUGCACAGCAGGUGGAGUCUGCUGUGUGAGAAUAUGAUAAGAUUAAUGUGACUUGCAUUUUGAAAGUGUAAGUUAAACUUCUGCUGCUUUUUUAUUUAAUGUAUUGAAAACAAAAUUAAAACAAUCACUAGUAAGAGAAAAAUUCAGCUCAUAGAAAACAAACUGUUCAAUCUUGUGCUUUUAUUUAAUGUUACAAUUAAAUUUCACACUGCCUGCACCUGAUGUUCCCAAAACGGAGAAUUGAAACCACUGCUGACAGGACAUCAUUGCUGCUUGAACAAGGGAAAAUGCUGGGAAUAUCCCAAACUGGCCCUGUAGCAGAGAAGGUACAAAUGGCUGACACAGAUGGAAUGGGGUAGGUGUAAAACUGGUGGUGUGCUGCUGCACUGGAUGCCCCAGCCUGCAUCCUUCUCCUUGUGGACAGUAGCCCAAAGGCUGUGUCACAGCUCCUGAGCUGUGUGGAGAGGGAUGUUCCCUGGUUUCUGAUUCAGAGUCCCUUCUUGCAGAGUGCUGCUGCCCCUGUGCCUCUGCUGUAAGCUCAGCUCACUGCUGGGUGCUGAAUCACUGUAGGUCCAGCCUGGGUUAGGGUUUUUGUCCAAGCAUGUGCAAGAGCAGAGGAAGAUAGGAAGUUCAGUGUGGAGGUUUAUGUGAUGAGGACAGAAGAGGCUAACUGGGAGGCCACAUGUGCCUCCUCUGUUCUUGUGCCUGGCACAAAGCUGGGAGUCCCUCCUGCCGUGGCUACUGGUAUCAAAGCUAAACACUCGUAAAUGCAAAUACAGAUCUAGGAUAAAGAGGUUCCUUAUGUUACCACCUAGCAGAUUUUCCCCUAAAAGGCAACAAUGAACUGUAAGUACCAGUUUUAUUGUUAAAUAAUACCUGUGUAUAUAGUAAAAUUAUGAAAGAAAGGGUCAAGGUGUAUUUCACUGUUGUUGAAGAAAAAGCGUAAUGCAAUUUUGAUUAGGUCAGAAUAGAUACCUGAAAGGAGGCUGUGGCCAGGUGAAGUUUGGGCUCUUCUCCCAGGUAACCAGUGACAGGGCAAGAGGACAGAGCCUCAAGCAGCACCAGGGGAAGUUUAGGCUGGGCAUUAGGAAAUAAUUGUUCACAGAAAGAGUGAUUGGGCAUUGGAAAGGCUGCCCAGGGAGGUGGUGGAGUCACCUUCCCUGGAGAUGUUUAAGAAGACUGGAUGUGGCACUCAGUGCCAUGCUCUAGUUGAUGCUAAGUCAUAGGUUGGACUCGAUGAUCUCAAAGGUCUUCUCCAGCCUAAUUAAUUCUGUGAUUCUCUCUGUUUGAAACUGCUGGACUAGGUGAAAAGACACAAAACUUCACAUUUGGGAAAUUACUGUAUUUACAGUGAGGCUCCCCCAGAACAUGACUGGAUCUCUGAGCCAUUACACAGCUUCCUUGAAUUUUCUGAUGUUGUGAAGAAAUCAAACAGAUGACUGAAGCUACAAAUAAUAAAAAAUAGCCUUUAUUCCCACUAAAAAUAGGCAUAUAUUAUACACAACUGAAUAAAAUUCACAAGUGACUAGAAACUUUUUAUCACAGCAGCAAACCAGGGAGCUCCUAUGGAAUGUUUGGGGGAAUGACUAAUAGCAUACAGCUCUGUGACUUAUUCAUUUUGCUGAUGCAACAGUGCAAAGCUGAAACAUUAUUAUGAGAAAGGAUAAAGAAUGCAGACCACUGGAAAAUUGUGACCCAGAAAACAAGGCAAAGACCAGCUCCAUUUCUUAUUGAUUGUUGUGGAACAGAUUUUUUGUUAGAAAUCUAAAUAGAUUUAGAAAUAAGAGGAAAAGAAUAGCAGCAUUCAUUAGAUGACAGAAGAUGAAAAUAAAGUACAUUAAGGGAAAAAAAGACAAUGGAAUACAACAACCAUCAGGAAAAAUAAAUAUAGGAAAUAAAAAAAGUUCUCACAAUAAACAUGAUACUAAAACACAGAGGCCUAUUGUGUUACAAGGCAGAAAGUGUAAGGCACGUGUCAGUCCUGAGGCUGAAAAGUUUUUGAUGGGACCUGAAAAAGAGGCCACUGCCUGUUUUUUAUGUCAGACUGUAUGACUUAGGCAGAUUCUUGCUAACAAAAAACUCUUGUAUAAGAUUAAAAAAAAAAUUAAAAAGCAGUACCUCUGGUAAUACCUUCUGGUUUCCAAAGGCUGCAGGAAUGACAAGGGAAGACUUUUGUCUUUAUUCUAAAUAGCAUAUUGCUUAGAAUUGCAGAAUAUCUUGAGUUGCAAGGACCCACAAGGAUCAAGUCCAGCUCUUAAGUGAAUGGCCCUUACAGGGAUAAAACACCUGACCUUGGCAUCACUCACACUAUGCUCUGACCAACUGAGAUACUCAGGGCACCCAGCUUCUGACAAAACUUACAUUUAUUCAUUUUAGGGGACUACCUUAGUAGUAGCAAAAUACUGAAGUUGAGAGUGGCAUGAAAAGCCAGUCAUUGGGCUUGAAAGGCAGAGAGUAGGACUGGGAGAGGAUCAUACAUCCUUUCCACACUUAAUGCAAAGGGUGGAUGUGGUCAUGUAUCAUGGAAUAAAAGAACACACAGGAGUGCCAAGGAAGAUUGCAGCUGUUUGCAAAUAAAACAACCCUAAAAUGACUGUGUACUGAACACUACCACAUUCCUAGGCAAAGAGUUUGGAAAAUGGAAUGUGAAAAUUGGGAUUACUAGUAAAGUCUGGGAAAUAAAGUAUUACAGGAAUGACAAAAACCCAGCAAAAUAGUAGUCAUGACUAGAAUACAGGAAUUAAAGGAAAUAAAUAAGACUGCUUAUAAAAGAGGACAUGUGUCAGCCCAGCUUCCAAUGAUUUUGAGGUGAUCAGUUAAAGACAAAAAAUCCAAAACAGGCUCAAGAUGAAAUCAGCAGUAAAAAUACAAAUGGCAGUAAAGAGGCUUUUGAAAGACACUACUGGGGGUCUGUUACAAAAUCAAGAUAAAAUUUAGACAUGGAUUGUAAGAGUUGCUUCUGUGGGCAACCAGCUGGACUCAAGCAACAUCUUUCAGUCUUACAUUUUUAUGCUUAUGAAAACACUUAUUAAAAGCAGACAUUUCUGAUCACAUUUUCUUUGUGUGCUUAGCAUGAAAGACAUCCACUGUUGUUUCACGACAAGGUCUCAAGUCAAAGUCACAGUGUCCAAUGCUGAAACAACCCUGCAGAAAUGAACAAAAUUGACAUGGUGAGCAUAUCCUGUAGAAGAGCUCAUUUUAACUGUAUUAAAGAAGUCAAAGCAUCCUUACCCGUGGCUUCUUAAAAUAAUCAAGACCCCUUCCAAUCUUAAUUAUCCAGCCAUUGUCGAAUCUGUUUUGAAAAUGCACAAUAAAAAGGUUACAUCCACAUGAUGCACAAA